UCAUAGUAAGUGACAAAUUGCAAUCAUUGAUAAUUUUAUUUAAAUUUAAAAUUUAUAAUAUAAUAAAAGUGAAUGGUUGCAAAUUUGUAUUAUUAAAAUAUCAAAGAUUUUAUAUACGUGUAUAAUUCCAUGCAUCUAACUCAAAAAUACACAAUGGCAUUGAAGGAUAUUUAGAAAUUUCCUCACACACGUAACACUAUAAUCUAUUGGAGAAGGUAUAAAGUCUCAAGUUACGCAUGGUUGUACCAAAUUUAUUUGCAUUAUUCAUUAGCACUGAGUUGCUAAUUUAUAAAUUUUGUAAUGGAUGUAAAUAAAUAAUGUCAUGUGAUUGUAAGCCAAAUAUGUCUGAGCCUCAGUUCCUAGAACGAAACUGUCUGAAGGAAGGCAGUAUGUCAGUACCAGUCAGUGUCAACAAUCUCCCUCAGCAUUGGAAAGAGUUUGCAUGUGGUGGGGGAGCAGCUUUCUGUAAUAUUCUCAUUAGCUAUCCACUGAAUAAACUCAUAUUUAGACAAAUGAUGCAUGGAGUGGAAGCUACAUUUGCAUUAAACCAGUUGCAGAAAGAGGGUAUGGGAUUCUUGUACCGAGGUAUGCUCCCACCCUUAUUACAGAGAUCUAUGUCAAUGUCACUUAUGUUCGGAGUCUAUGAUGAAUGCUUGCAACCUCUUUUAGACCAAAAAGUUAACCCUUAUGUUGCUAAAACUAUUGCGGGUGUUGUUGCUGGCUGCUUUGAAGCAACACUUAUGCCAUUUGAAAGACUACAAACAUUGCUCAUUCAUCCAAAAUAUCAUAAGAAGUUCAAGAAUACUGCCCAUGCAACAAGUCACAUUGCUAGAUAUUAUGGAAUUAAAGAAUUCUAUAGAGGAAUGAUACCAAUUCUGUUAAGGAAUGGUCCCUCUAAUGCCAUGUUUUUUAUAAUACGAGAUGAAGUAAAGGUAAGGCUACCUAAUCAAGAAAAUAUGUUGUAUGACAGCAUACAGAAUUUUGUAGCGGGUGCAUCUAUUGGUGCAUUCUUAAGCACUUUGUUUUAUCCUUUAAAUGUCAUUAAGAUAGCUAUGCAGUGCGAGCUAGGAGGUCCUCACCGAACACUUAUUUACGAAUUCAACUAUAUUCUUCGGAAGCGUGGUUCUAAGUUUACGAAUUUCUACCAUGAAGUACUCCAUGAACUAAUAACAGAGUCAAAAAGGCCGAAUUAUCGAUUGGACUACAGAUAUGAAAAGGCAUUCGACGCAUUUUACAAAUUACACCCUGAAGCUGUAAAUUGGUAUCAAGCGCGUAUGCGCUGUGAAGCGGAGAAUACUCAGUUAUUAGUACCAGCAAACCUUGACGAGGCUGACAGCAUACCCCUGCUUAUAGCUCCAAUUCUCACCAAAUAUGAAGGCGUCUAUGUGGGUAUUCACGAUUUGUAUUCAGAGAGAACAUUUGUUACCAUUAAAGGGAGUUAUGUACAAGACUCAAUAUUAGAAUUGUUGUGGGAACUGAAACAGCCAAUGCACAGCGCUGGUCGAUGUGUAGCAUCGCGUCGAAAUGGACGGCUCUUCGUGCAUCCGUGUUCAGACCAACUCCCAUUUGCAUGUAAAAUAAAGGCUUCGAAUGUGAUUUAUUAUCCAGAUUGUGAUACUUAUGACGCACGUUGGAAGUUAGGUCCUAACGCCACAUGUUACAUUACGCAUAUUGAGCCUCAAAAAUGGCACGAAGCAUAUUCAACUUGUUACUCUGCGGGUGGUCACCUCGCAAUUUUGGAUACGCGGCAAGAGGCUGAGUUUAUCCGCGAUGUGUUCAAGCAAGUAGACCAGCACAAGACUCCUGGUGACUUCGCCUUUCUUGGAUUUAGCGAUUUAUUUCAAAGAUACCAUUAUCGCACGGUUGUCGGUGAUCGUUUAGCGGAAAACCAAUUAGACUGGGAUUUUAAGUGUCCAAAUAACAUUACAUCAACCGACGAGGAGCGUUGUGGAGGCUUUAAACGAAGUGGAUUGCUAGCCACUGGGAAUUGCGACAUUCCAUCUAUGUUCUUCUGUGAAAAACCCGCUAGUGGCACAUUCAAAAAUCGGACUAUACUUCGAAAUUUGUCUAAAACGUUUUCUCGGAAGACUCCCUUUGAAGAAAAUGAUUACUUCUAUUAAUUUAGAUUUGUCACUAUUGGAAAUAUUAUA